AUGCCUACUUUCAAGGGUAGGUACGAUCCUGAUGGAGCGCAGACUUGGCUCAGGGAGUUUGAGAGGAUUUUCAGAGUGAUGGAUUUCUCUAAAGCACAGAAGGUGCAGUUCGAUAUGCAUAUGUUAGCUAAGGAACCUGAUGACUGGUGGAUCAACACUUGUCAGGUGUUGAAUGUUGCAACUGAAGUCGUAACUUGGGCUGUGUUUAGUAAGGAAUUUCUGAGACAGUACUUUCCUGAGGAUGUUCGUGGGAAGAAAGAGGUUGAGUUUCUGGAGCUGAAGCAGGGUAACUUGUCAGUUACUGUGUAUGCUUCAAGAUGUGUGGAACUUGCUAAGUGUCAUCCUCAUUACAGUGAGAUUACUGUUGAGUUCUCGAAGUUAUCAAUUCGAGAAUGUAAGGAUCAGUCGGCUUACUACAAGGGGCUGAGCGAGAGAAUAGGAAAACAAAAUUUGAAUAAUGGGAAGCCAUAUAAUACUCCAGCUGAUAAAGAUAGACAAAGAGAUACUGAUGGUAAAAGGCCAAGUGGGGGAGGUGUUCCUACUCAUCUUAAGUGUUAUAGGUGCGGACAUAUCAACACCCAUUGCCUGAAUCCUAAGAAAGCUUCCAGUGAUGACAGGUUGAUCAGAGGUAUAUGUUAUAUCAAUAAUAUUCCUUUAAUUGUUAUUAUCGAUACUGGUGUUACUCAAUAUUUUUUUGUUACUGGCUGUGUCAAAAGGCUAGGCCUUUUUGUGUCUUUUAUGAGUGGAGAAAUGGUUAUCAAAACUCUUGCUAAAGCUUCGGUGACUACUACUUCAAUUUUUUUGAAUCGUCCUCUAUUAAUCUUUGAUAAAGAUUUUAGCAUUUACCUUAUUUGCUUGCCACUGGAUAAUAUUGAAGUUACCUUAGGGAUUAACUGGUUGGAGUUUAAUCAUGUUUAUAUCAAUUUCUAUAACAAGAUGGUGCGGUUUCUUACUCCUGGUGAGGAGGAAGAAGUUGGUUUCUUGUUUACUAGAAAGUUGGAGGAGCUUUUGGAAGAGGAAGCUCGGGUGUUUGCACUGUUCGUGACAUUAUCUAUUAAGAGUCAGGCAUUGGUUGAUGAAUUGCAGGUAGUACGGGAUUUUCCAGAAGUGUUUCCAGAUGACAUUUCAAAUGUACCGCCAGAGAGAGAGGUGGAGUUUUCUAUUGAACAUGUAUUUGGUACCAAACUUGUUUCUAUGGAACCAUACAAGAUGUCUGCAUCAGAGUUAGCAGAGUUGAAGAAACAAUUAGAAGAUCUUCUAGAGGAAGAGAUUUGUGAGACCAAAUAUGUCGCCUUUGGAAGCUCCGAUGUUGUUGAAGAAGAACAUGUUGAGCAUUUGCGAGUUGUGUUUCAAGUGAUGAAGGAGAAGAAGCUUUAUGUUAAGUUGUCGAAGUGUGAAAUAUGGGUGAAAAAGGUUAGCUUUCUUGGUCAUGUUAUUUCAGGUGGUGGUAUUGCUAGGGAUCCAUCCAAAAUAGACGCAGUUCUACAAUGGGAGGCUCCGGAGUCGGUGACAGAGAUUAGAAGCUUUUUGGGCUUGGCUGAAGAAAUUAGAUAUGAACAACGCGAAUGGUUGGAAUUCUUAAAGGAUUAUGACUUUGGGUUGAAUUGUCAUCCCGGUAAGGCAAAUGUCGUGGCGGAUGCUUUAGGUCAGAAUUCUUUGCAUAUGUCUGCUAUGAUGAUCGACAAUGAUUUUCUUAAUAACAUUAAAGAGGGUCAGAAGUUGGAUGUGAAGUUGGUGGAUUUGAUGGUUGGAAGUAAUCAGACUGAAAGUAAUGAUUUCAAAGUGGAUGAACAAGGUGUGUUGAGGUUCAGAGACAAAAUUUGUAUUCUUGACAAAGAUGAGUUGACGAAGAUGAAUUUAGUAGAAAGUCAUAGAAGUAGCUUGAGUAUUCAUCCAGGAGCUACUAAGAUAGUGGCAUUGCCACCGAAUUUUUCAAAUCUACAUGAUGUGUUCCAUGUUUCACAACUUCAGAAGUAUUUUCCGGAUCCUUCACAUGUGAUUCUGAUGGAUGAUGUGGAGGUGAAGGAUAACCUUACAGUGGAGGGUCUGCCUAUAAAGAUUGAUGAUCGAGAACUGAAACUGUUGAAAGGAAAAGAGAUUGCUCUCAUGAAGGUAGUGUGGGAGGUGUUGCCGGAGGAAAUAUGA